CACAGAGAAACUAGUUGCUGGUUGCUUAUAGCGGACGACCAGCGGUGGGAGGAGAAUCGAGAUGCCGGAGAAAUAAGCGACAAAACAUCGACUCUGGUGCUUCCCAUCAAACAUCCGCGUUUGACCGGCGACACACCAUGAUUGAGAUGUUUCAAGUCGCAGAGCUGAAUACCAAAUUGCCUUCUACUAUCAAGAGAUAGCCAGUGUGCAGGAUGCACACCCAGGAGGAAUGACAGAGUCUCUUCCCCCUCACCAACAUUCAGAGAAAAUGCACUGGACCGUCGGAUACGUGUUUGUGGUCCUGGUGUCCCUUAUCACCUAUCACACCGCCGGGGCCUUAUCGCUGGACACGGAUGGAAACCAUACACAAACCGGCAAUGUGACAGACGACGGAUUUGUCCCAGUUGUGUUCACAAAAGUGAGCCAGAUAAUUGCCCGGGAGGGGAGCUGUGCGCUGAUUGAUUGCAAUGUCACCGGAGACCCGUUCCCCAGAGUUCAGUGGUUCAACUCCCAUGGCGACCGUCUGGACACGGAGACAACUGGUGGGAAGUGGUGGCUGCUGGACAGUGGCGUCCUCAACAUCACCAGCAUUGAGUUUGCAGACCGUGGAAAGUACACCUGCAUGGCAUCCAACGUGCACGGCAGCUCCAACUGCACAGUGACACUGCGGGUGGUCUUCACCAACGGUGACAUGGGUGUGUACUACAUGGUGGUGUGUCUGGUUACCUUCACCAUCAUCAUGGCCCUGAACGUCACACGCCUCUGCAUGAUGAGCAGCCACCUAAAGAAGACAGAGAAAGCCAUUAACGAAUUCUUCCGCACCGAGGGCGCCGAGAAGCUCCAAAAGGCCUUCGAGAUCGCCAAGAGGAUCCCCAUCAUCACCUCCGCCAAGACGCUGGAGCUGGCCAAGGUGACGCAGUUCAAGACCAUGGAGUUUGCGCGAUACAUUGAGGAGCUCGCUCGCAGCAUCCCGCUGCCACCGCUCAUCAUGAACUGCCGCACUUUCAUGGAGGAGAUCCUGGAAGUGGUGGGGGUGGAGGAGAUGAGGCACACUUUUGUCAGACAAGCACCUGAGGGACGGCGUGAGGUUGCGGGCAGGGUCGCUUCCAUCGGGGGGAGAGACGUCUUCACCAUCCUGCAGGAAAGGGAGAGAGAGCGAGGCCGGGAGAGGGAGCGCAGCGAAUCCCCUGCCGCAGACUCGGACAACUCCUCGGUUCAGGAGCAGCCACAGCAUAUCGCCAUCCAGGUGUCUGUCCACCCGCCACUCGCAGUCGGAGGUUGCUGCAGCAUUGAAGCUCCACCACAGCCAGAGGACACACCCUCCUCACCUCCCCCCUCCUCACCCCCACCACUAGCUCCUCUUCACCAUGAGGAGCAGCCUGAGGCGGAGGAGGAGCAGAGUGCCGAAGAGGCUGCGCCUGAACCGACGGCCGAUAAGACCCCUCCCUGCCAGGUGUUUUAUGAGAGCCAUGUGUGACGAAACAAACAAACCCUGGAGGAACGAUACGUUUAUCCUGCUAUGCAUUUUCACUUGAAGACAAGAAAAGGUCCACAAAACAUUUUUAAUUUCACAUUUUGGAGAGAAACAAUCACAUUUUUAUUUAUCUUUUCUGAAUGGAACAAUCUCUUUAAACCUUUGUAGGCUGUUCUACUGAGAAUAAACCAUUAGACACUUGAACGUUUUUCUCACUCUGGUCUUUUCAUGCUUGAAUGUACAUGGAAGGGGUAAUCAAUAUUAUUAUUAUUAGUGUAAUAAGCAAUGAAUUGUAAAGGGAGAUUUCCUGUGUUGAGAUUUUCAUUGCUCAGACUAUUAUUUAAAGAAUUAGGGUUCUUCAGUCUGAAGGUGGGGGGAGGGUGUUUAUUCGUUUAAGUUUUUAGUUUCUUACAGUGCUAAAUUUUAUGACUAACUCCAGAAAUCUGCCUCAAGCUGCUUUUCAUGCUGUUUUUCCAAACCACAAAAGCUGAGCUUCCUUCAUUUGCUCAAGAAGUCACAUCCUGCUACUGUUACAGCUGAUCCGCUGUUACUGUACAACGUCCCGCUCAAAUAGAGAUGCAUGCUGGACUGAAAUAAAAGAUUUGAGUUUGGUCCCAAUUUCAUGAUUGUAUGGCCUACUGUAUUCUAUAAAAAACAAGUAAGCCAGGUAAACUUCUGAGUGUACAGUAUAUUUCCUGACUGGGUCUCUCACACACCUCUAUGUUUCCUUUGAAAUAUUUUUAAAAGUAUUAUUAUAUUAUUGCCCAUUGUGUUGUGAAUUUUGUUUUUCAGCUACCUUAAAUAGUUUUUAGAAAGUCUUUUGUCUUCUCUCGCCUCAGAGGAUAAGAGAAGCUUCUUUUCCUCUGUCAUGUGCUGUUUCUAGGUUUUUGAAAUUGACUCCUGAUGUGAUCUCAGCAUUGUCUUGCUUCUGCAGAGGCUUUACAGUACAGUUGCAUUUCUGCUGCAUGUGAAAAUGGACAGCGAGAUGUUUGACAUCUUUCUCUGGGACAAAAAGGACUUGUUUUCUUUCUUUUUUGCUUGGCUAACAGUCCAGUCUGUGGCGGAGAUGAACUGGAUUCUGUUCUUUUACUGGUGCUCUUGAAAUGCCUCUUUUUUGUAGUGGAAUAAAUGGAAGUGCUGUGUAAAAAAA